AUGGAAAUCUGCAUCGAUUCCGUAGAAUCAGCUAGAAACGCUAUCGAGGGCGGUGCAAAUAGACUCGAAGUAUGCUCGGCCCUCUCGGAGGGCGGUUUAACCCCCAGUUUCGGUUUUUUGAAAAAAAUCAAAAGACUCUCAACGGUACCAAUCUACGCUAUGCUACGAGCACGUUCCGGAAACUUCGUGUACACGAUAGACGAGAUGGAGAUCAUGCUGGAGGAUUUGAAAAUCUUCAAAAAUCUCGGUGUCGACGGUUUCGUUUUUGGCGCGUUGACGUCAGAAAACCAGAUUCACGUGGAAUUUUGCAAGGAGGUUCUCUCCGUUGCUCUACCAUUGCCGGUCACCUUUCAUCGGGCCUUCGACGAGGUCGACGAUCCUCUCGAGUCCUUGAAAAUCUUGAUCGAUCUUGGAUUCGUGAGAGUUCUCACUUCCGGCCAGAAGGAUACCGCCGAAGAUGGAUUGGAAUUGAUAAAGGAACUUGUUCGAGAGGCCGACGGUAGAAUUACGGUGAUGCCCGGUUCUGGUAUCACAAAGGAGAAUAUUCUGAAGAUAAAGAGCGCGUCUGGUGCGAAAGAGUUUCACGCGUCCGCGAAGAAAAAGAUGGCAACCACGGACGGUGGGAACAGAGUAAAAAUUGGGACGAGCAGAGAGACUUGUAUCACGAUGACCGACAAAAAGCUGGUGGAAGAAAUGGUGGAAAUUGUAAGGAACGAGGUGUAACUAUCAAGGCGAGCGGACACGUGCUUCUAA